AUGGUCAUUAAUGUUCUUCACCCCAAAAAGGUAACAGUACCUAAGACAGAUUUUGGGGGAAAACUAGUCAAAAUGUACAAGACCACACCAGAUGUCAUCUUUGUAUUUGGAUUCAGGAUCCAUUUUGGGGGUGGCAAGACAACUGGCUUUGGCAUGAUUUAUUAUUCCUUGGAUGAUGUAAAGAAAAAUGAACCCAAAGAUAGACUUGCAAGACAUGGCCUGUAUGAAAAGAAAAAGACCUCAAGAAAACAGUGA